AUUUACUCAAUAACCAAAUAUGUUUGCUUCUCGUCGUAUUGCCGCCUCUAUCAUCCCACGCGUUGCUUUAAACGCUUCAGUACGUCCUGUACCUACAGCACGUAAAGCUUUUGCUACUACCAGCAUUGCUCGUUUCUUAAACACCAACACCAUCGAACAAAAGCGCGCUACCGUUCAACAUCCUGCUCCCCAAUGGUCUGCUACUUCUCUUGUGGAUGGUGAAUUCAAAGAAUUAGCUUUGUCAGACUACAAGGGAAAGUUCGUUGUCAUGGUCUUCUACCCUGCCGAUUUCACUUUUGUUUGUCCUACUGAACUUUUGGCCUUCAGUGAUCGUAUUGAGGAAUUCAAGCAAUUGGGUGCUGAAGUUGUUGGUGUUAGCGUAGACAAUGUUCACUCUCAUUUGGCCUGGACCAAUGUUCCCAGAAAGCAAGGUGGACUUGGAUCAAUCAACAUUCCUCUUGUUUCCGAUAUCAAAAAGGAGAUUUCCACCAACUACAACGUCUUAAUUCCUGAAGAGGGUUUGGCUCUUCGUGGUUUGUUCGUCAUUGAUCCCAAGGGUACUCUUCGUGUUUCUACUAUUCACGAUUUACCUAUUGGCCGCUCUGUUGAUGAGACUUUGAGAGUCAUUGAAGCCAUCAAAUUUGUUGAUGAGCACGGUGAAGUGUGUCCUGCUAACUGGACCAAGGGAGAAAAGACUAUCAAGCCUGACCCUAAGGGAUCUCAAGAAUACUUUAACAGUGCCAACUAAACUAGUACAUCAAAAAUGAAUAAAAAAUGUCAACCUGUUUUUCUUUAUUAAAAACAUAAU